UUGGAUUCGACUCAGAAUUUAUAAGAAGAGCUUCUGGCAUAGAAUUUCACCCACACCUUUAGUUUCUUCCAAAUCUGAUAAUUUUCCAUUUGCUCAGCUUAAUUUUCUCUUCAGCCAUUAGACAAUGUCUUCGUCUAAGGGUGAUUCAGUGCAGCAUACAGAUGCCGCUGCAACCAUCUCCAUUCAGAGUAUCAUUGACAAGCUAACCGACUUGCGUAAACUCCUUGACGAGAAGGUGAUCAAGGGCGAUGUUCCUGAUCGAGGCAGUCAAGAGGGAGGAAUCAAAUUAGCUCCCAGUGAAGAUGGACAGGCAAAAUUAAACACUGACCUUGAGAAAGUUUGCAAAGAGCUCGAUUAUAUGAUUAGAGCUUUUGACAAACUGAAGAAAUUUGAAGGUGAUCUCAAAGAACCGCUAAAAACUCUUGACAACAAUGUGAACGACAUCCUGAAAGAUCUUGAAGUGUUGAAAUCCUCAAGUGGUUCCUUAAAGCAGAUUCAACAAAAUCUUAAAGUUCUGAGAAGCAACAUCACCAAAGUGAAAAUUCAGAUCCCAUUGCAGCAUCAAGCCUCAAACUUAAUUUCUGACGCAAGUCGUUAUUUGCAGGCGACUGUUGCCAGCAGAGAAGAAGGUGAUCUGCCUAAUCUAUACGAAGCCGCAAAUAUACUUGAGAUCAAAGGCUCUUUUUACGAAGAGAUUCAAGACAAAUAUAAUGGCCUUGAUAAGAAAGCGCUCAAGAUGUGCCUGUUGUGUUUCGCAAUCUUCCCCGAGAACGCAGAAAUUAAGAAGAGCCUUCUAAGAUUUUGGUGGUUUGGAGAGAGGUUGAUGGAAAAUCCAAUCGUUACAGGAGAAAAGGAGAAUAUGGAUCGUGUGAACGAUGUUCUUGGAGAACUCAUCAAGAAAGGAUUCAUUGAGCCUGUCGAGAAAAAAAGCAGAUUGCCUGCCACCCGUUAUAAGAUGCACCCAAUUGUUCGUUCUUUAUUGAUCAAGCUUGCCAAGGAGGCUAACUUCUUUGAUUACGAUGCCAAAGGAAUCCCGACGAUGGAUGUUUCAGCGAGCGAAAAGUCAUGUUUGAUAAAAUCCGAAGGACAUUCUCAUUGGUUCUCCAAAAAUCCUUUCCAGGAGGGAGAGGAGCAGAAAAUCAACCCGGGUGACCAACAAAAAACAAAUUCGAAAGGGAGGCAGCAAAAAAAUUCCAAAAAGCAACAACAAACAAAUCAGGAAAAGCAGCAGCCAACAAGUUCAGAAAAUCAGCAGAAAACGUAUCAGGAAAACCAACGGAAACAAAAGGAGCUGCUAAAAAAUCUGGAAGAGCUGCAGACACUGUUCAACAUUAGUAAGCAAUUUCCUGACUUGCCUGAGGAGAAAUUUUCCAAAAUAAAGGGCGUCCGCGUCCUUUAUCUGGGAAGAUGGGAGAGCACAGCUGAGCGUCAUAUGGAGGUGGAAAGCACUGAAUUCUUAAAAGGGUUGGAAAAAAUGAAGGAGUUAAGGUUUUUUAGUCUUCAAGGAAUCUCCGGAAUCUCGACGCUCCCAAAAUCUCUUGGUAAGCUCAUCAAUUUGAGAAUCUUAGAUCUUAGAGCAUGUCACAACCUGGAGGAACUACCAAAAGAGUUAGGCUUACUUAAGAAGCUGACUUACUUGGAUAUGUCCGAGUGCUAUUUGAUAGACAACAUGCCCAAGCAGCUAACUUCACUCUCAGAACUCCAAGUGCUUAAGGGCUUUGUCAUUAGCAAAAAUAGACACUCAUGUACUUUUGGUAACUUGACAACACUCUCUAAGCUGAAGAAACUCACUAUCAAUGUGAAUAGCGAUGAAUUCUCAAUAGAUAAAGCGGAAGGAGAUCUCUAUAGAUUUCAGGCGCUUCGGAAGCUUAGAAUAGCAUGGGGAGCCGGAUCGUCAAAAUCGAUAGAUGGAAACAAAGAGGAGAAGAAAGGCAAUGGAAACCAGGAAACCAAUGGAAACAAGAGGAAAUUCUACAAACGGCAACAAAAUGAUGCAGCAAAGUCAAUGCUUUCGAAUUUGAAAAUGCCAUGGGGAGCCUGCGGAGAGGGAACGUCAAAAUCAGUAGCUGAAAAAAAGGUGACUGCUACAACAGAAAAAUCCACGCUUGAAGGCAAAGAUGAGAUCAGGAAAAUAGAUUAUGGAAAACAGGAAAGCAGUGAAGGCGAGAAGCAAGGAAGUGAUGCUGCAAAAUCAGGGGCCAAAAACCUGAACGACAACAAAGAUGCAGGAAAGCAGAAAACUGAAGAGGCUAUCAGCCUAGAGAAAUUAGACCUCCAAUGUUUCCCAAGACCGGAACCACCAAGUUGGCUGGUGCCUGAAAAACUAGAGAGCCUAAAGAGCCUCUACAUUAGAGGUGGAAGACUCAGUUACCUGGGUGAACCGAAAGGUAGUAAGAAGUGGGAAGUUGAGACUUUACGUCUGAAGUAUUUGACUGGCGUUCAGAUAAACUGGAAAGAUCUGCAGACUCAGUUUCCAAAAUUGACAUAUUUGGAGAGGGUCAAUUGCCCUGGAAUCACAUUCUGCCCUUGCGAUGCAAACGGAGUAUGGCGAAAUCUUGAAAAAGAAAAAUAAAAAUAUUGGUGUUGGAAUAUCAAGAAUUUGCCAGAAAUGGCAUCGCCAAUUCGCCCUGCAAGUUAUUAUCUCAUCCAUUCUUGUUGUUAAUUAAAGUGUGCUGUAUUUCGCUUAUGUACAUAAAUUCUUAAAUUCCUUUCAAUCUUCUGCUUACAUUUGCAUUUCCUUCAAUUUACAAAUGUUAUUGCCCUAAUGCUUGCAAAGGCUUGCAAGGACUUCUUUA